AGAGCACGGAGUAAAGUAGGACUGAGUGUGCGCCAGCUCCUUCAGAUACAGACAUUGCUGGCUGGAUGGCCACCCUGUCAGGGCGAACUUGAGCCCAAGGCUCACUCGGGUACUGUGUCCCUGUUCCAGGGCCUACAGCCCCAUACCUCACGAUAGCAUCAUGUCACAGGAGGCCACAGAGGCACCAGCAAUGCCAGGAGCAGGGCAUGGUCAUAAUAAGGCCAAGGCACGGUUGCUUCUAGGCACUGACAGGAAGAGAAGCCGCCUCAAGAGGACAAGGCAGGACCUGUGGGGCGACACUGGCUGGAGCAACUACAGAUUGAGCAGAGCCACCUCUGCCCCUCGAGGGACCAGAGCUAGGGGGACAACAGCUCAUAGCAGGAGCGAGGCUAGCCCGGAGAACGCAGCCCGGGAACGGACUCGGGUGAAGACGCUCCGUCAAGCCUUUCUGGCCCUGCAGGCUGCUCUGCCUGCAGUGCCACCUGACACCAAGCUUUCCAAGUUGGAUGUGCUCGUGCUGGCCACAAGCUACAUCGCCCACCUCACCCGGACACUCGGCCAUGAGUUGCCUGGCCCUGCCUGGCCUCCGUUCCUGCGUGGACUCCGUUACUUGCAUCCUCUUAAGAAGUGGCCCAUGCGAUCUCGUCUCUAUGCAGGAGGCUUGGGAUGCUCGAACCUCGAUUCCACCACCGCCGUCUCUACUGGCCAAAGACGCAGGGAUGCAGAGCUGGGGUCUCAAGUCUCCAUAGCAACAGACAGUCUCCUCGCCUCUCCAGUCUCUCCAACUCUUGCUAACAAAUGACCCCCAUGGUCAUCCUACUCUGUUAGACUGUGACUCUACUUAAGGACCUGGAUUUUCUGUCCACUUCGGAUUUUCUGUCUUCCCCUUGACUCUCAGCCUUUGGAUUUGUCUCAGGUUCAAGUUUCAAGGUCAGACUUGGCUUCUGGCAGGCAGAAGAAGCAGUGAUGACAUCAAGGAUAGAGAGUUCUGAGGAAACCCAGGAUGGAGUUUACCUUUGGCUCUUCUACGGCAGUGACAGGAAGUGAAAGAGAGAUUGGUGUGAUUCAAAGUCAAGUUAGGGAAUCACACCCUCCUCCCCUUGGACGCCUCCCCUAGGGCUCUUCAAGACAAGAAGGCAGAAGACAGAAAUUGUUCUGCCAGUACUGCCUGGGGUUAGGAUAGUUGUAGCUCCAGUGCUCAUGGGCAUACCAGGGGGCCUGAAGGGCUUUUGGUAGCAGUAAGUAAGUAUGAACACGUCUGGGGUCAGGUCAUAAAGUCAGAGAGGAAGCUAAUGAAUGGAGUGUGGUUUCUUUUUUAAAUUUCCCUACAAGAUGUUUAUCUAACAUCAAAGAGUUUAGAGUCCUUCUCUCUAGAAUAUGGUCUGUCCAGUGGGCCUCUUGUCACCUCCUUCCUGCACCAGGGCCCUGUAGCCUUUCCCAUCUCAGCAGAUGAAGCUCCCAGACUUACAUGGCUUACAAUCCAGGGUAAUUUAGCUAGUCCAAGCUGUCUAGGGCCAGAUGAUUUUAUCCCACAGGUAGCCUCUGCCUUCACUUAAAGAGGCAGCCACUCACAGCCCUGCCUAUAAAGGACAGCAACACUUGCAGCUUUAUCUCCUAGAAUGGCCCAAGGUAAAGCAGGUGUAUCCCUCUCAUGGGGUGAUAAGCAGUGUUCUCUUUCUCUGGUGUGUUAGAAACCUCACCUCAAACAAAUAUAAGGCAAGGUGGGCUUCAGCACAAUUCCUGUACCAUCAGCAAUGGGGGCUUUAUUGGUUUUGGUAUAAUCUGUUGGUUCCCAGAACCAACUUCUCCCCACAGGUAUUGACAUACCAGGCUUGCCCCAAAUCCUGGUACAAGGUGCCAAAAAUUUUCUAGAGCUUUAGUAGCACCUGUUCUUGACCCCGAAGAAAUAACUGGAGACAAAGCAUACACUAAAGUGGGCUUUCUAAGUCAGGCAGAGUUUCAGGUUGGCCCCUGGGGUCUAAACAUAGCAGGGACUGUCUUCCUCUCAAAUUUCAGAAACCGGGGCCAACUAGAGUCCCAACAGGGUGCUCAUGAGGUGAGUGGAAGUUCUGACUGGCUGGGAGGGACUGGACUUGCUCCUCCAUAGGCAUCACCCCCUAAGGCAUCCAGGAAAAGGGGAUUGAUGGGGUGACUCAGCAAGCCGGGGUGGAGAUAGAAGACACAGAACGUCCCAGCCUCAGCUGCAUGGGCUGUGGGAGAGCAGAUGGGCUGUGGCCGGGAGCCAUGGCGGAUGGCCUCAGCCAAGGCCAAACCCAUAAAUCUGCCCUGCCCCACAUUUCUCCUAGGGGACCCUGAGAACUUGUACAGAGCGAAUCCAGCAGCCGGCCGGGGCCAAGCAGGGGCAGAGACCAGGUGUGGGAGAGCGGGAGCAGUAUUCUUCACAAGACCAUAAAAGUCCAGCCUGGGUGUUCUAUUUUUAAAACCAAAUAGCAGCAUCUCCAUGGUUGAGUUGGAGGGUGGUAAAAAGGAGCGUGCAUGCUUUUUUCCCAGUUGGUGGCCUACACUCUGUCUCUGGGUAGGGUGGGGACUGGCUUUGGGUACAUACUGGGGUCCACUUAUAGCUUAAAGCAUUUCCCAUAAUCAAGUAGAAUUUGAUCUGGAGCUUGAAGUGUCCACCCUGUUUAGACUCAAGUCUUUGCCUCAUUUGACAAAUCCUUCAGGGCCAACUACAUAACACCACCCUGGUGGCGUCUUCAAGGGGGGAAGGGAGGAUGACGUUGGUAGAGGGUCAGGUGAAGAAGAACGCGUCCUACCAGGAGGACUGUUUUGUUUGAUUUUGUUUUCUUGACCUGGCUCACUGUGUAGCCCACACUGACUUUGAACUUGAAAUCCUUCUGCCUUGGCAAGGAUUACGGGCUCACAGGCCUAUACCACUCUGCCCAAUUAGGACAAAGUUCUAAGUCUGUUACCAGAGAAUCUGGUUUUUCCACUGCCUCGGACAGUCACCCUGAGGAGCCUGAGGGGAGGGGACUGAAAACCCUCCCUAAGCAGAACAAUGCUUCCCUCGAGAAAUACCACGCCGGAGACUGGUAUCUGUAAGCCAAGCUGAACCAGCAGUGAACCCCUUUGUUUCCACAGCAGAGAAAGACAAGAACCUGCUGACCGGGAGGUCUAUGCUCACCCGAGGUGGGGACAUAGUCUAUAAGAGCAGUUGGAGGCGAUAAAAGGAGCUGAAAGCUGCCUCCAACAAUAGCUACUGUUUCCUAGGAACAAGCAUGUGCAGGGAAGAGUAUGGAAAAGUUAAGGAGCACAGACAGCCUGUGCUGUGUGGGUGCUCUGGACUGGGAGUCAGAGGGACAGCUGCACCCUGUGACCCUAGUCCAGCUUUCUUCCAGUCUCUCUCAGGGUAAGGUCCAGGUAGAGUGGAGAGGAAGAUUUCCCUGUGGCCUCCCUCCACUCAUCUGGCUGUGCUGCAAGAGGUCAGUAAUGAGCCUCAGACAGAGCUCUGGGAGGACAGAGUUCGCCCAGCCCAGCGAAGGAGUUCCUUCCCCUUUGGUGACUGUGGGAAUGGAUGAUGGCUAACAUUGACUGUCAACUUCUUUGAACUGAGAGAUUACUAGGGGGUUAAGUAAAGCAGACCUCUGGGAUUGUCUAUGAGGACUUUUACCUCCUGAAUGGCUUAGUCCAUGGAUGGAUAAGCUGGGUGUGGUGGUGCAUGCCUUUAAUCCUAGCAUUCAGGAGGCAGAGGGAGGAGGAUCUUUGUGAGUUGGAGACCAGCCAGGCCAACCAGUAAGAUACUGUCUCAAAAACAAAAUUAGACUAGUGGGUGGUGGUGGAAUUGUGGACAGGCUGGAGGGAGGGGCUAGGCUGUGUGUUUGGGGUUGUGUAUUGUCCCUGACUCCCUCCAUGUCACUACCUCACCCCUGCCUCUGUCUGCCAUGAGAAAAAGAUCCAUCCCUGCCACAUUCUCCUGAUCCUACGAUGCUCUGCCCAAAACCUUGACACCAAGAAGCCGUGGACUGUCUCUGAGAUUUUGGGCCAAAAUAAAUCUUUCCUACUUGACUUUGUCUCUAUCCAGAAUUUGGUCACAGCAAUGUGGACUCUCAUGAAGAGUAAGAAGAUGGAGAUGUUUUCUAAGAAAUAAUCCCCUUUUCUCCUGGGAAGAACAUAGUUCGGAUGAAGUAGAUGAUAUCAGCCCUGGAAGCUUAUUCAAUUCCAUAUCAAGGCUGGGCAAAUCAGGGCCAGUAGGCCAACUCCAGCCUUUACCUGUUUGUGUAAAUAAAGUUUUAUCGGGAUAUCCCUGUACACUUGCUAA